UAUUAUAGACGGCCACCUCACCGAUAAUCAUGCAAGCGCGUGUCGCGCGCGAUUGCCGCGUGAGAAAGUUCUAUCGUAAUCGCACCCUCGUAGUCAACCACCCUCCUCUAUAAGUUGGUAAGUUACCAACACAAUCGCGAAUUCGAGAAAUAUAUAACGAGAAAAGCAAUUUUUACUUAUAAUCGAUCUCGCUAAUUUUUUUCGAUAGAUUUCAAUUUUCUUCAAUUUCAUUGUAACAGGUAUAUAUUCGCUCAAAAGGGCAACGAAAGUAAGAAUGUAGUCGAAUGGUUCGAUAGUUCCAGAUUUCGCGAAAUCUUGCACCGACAUAGGCGAGGGUAGCACAGCGUGCGACCAGCUAAGCGCCACGAGCGUUCCCACGAAAAUCGUCCCUUCUGAUCGCCACUUUCCUCCCCCUUGAUGUCUCGCUCUCUUUCGUAUCCCCCUAUACCCUUCAUGGAACGUAGGGUUCGAAAUAGAGGGAGAAAAAGAGAGCGGCCGGUUUUCACCUUGCGAUCGAGAAGCAGAACAGAGAAGUUUCCCCCUCUCAAAGGAGGCGCGGCACACCUUCGUUCCCCCACCAUUGGACCUACCAUUGGGUCGGGGGACGAAACGGGGCACGCGGUCGUGUGUCGUCCCCAAGUCCUCCCGCACACGACAUACGUCGGCCGCCACGCGACCAGUGCACACGCCUGUGAGUGGUGCGCGUUUCGCAACACCGUCUAACCUAUCGCGAGUCUGUUUUGCGCGCGUAAUACACGCGACCGCGAACCUCCUCGGGAAGCCGCGGCACGUGAACGCGAUCAACUUCCAACGAACGAUAAUAGUUACUUCUUUUCACGUGAUUCCAUUCUCCAGUUUUACACCUACGAAUUUCGCUCGAGUUUCUUCAAUAAUAUAUCCGUUAAUUAUGGAUCGAAAUAUUCAUACGUCCGUUUGAUCUGUUUUUUUUUUUUUUUUACCAAGAUCUAAUAUUCUUUGUGAAAGUGUCGACGAUUGUUAAUUGGAAGAUAUAUAUCGUUUGAAAAAAGGAAUUAUUGUAAGGAAAGAAAGGAAAAAUGUGGAGAGUAGUGGUCGCACGAUCGGACGAGAAUAGCACGUUGCUGUCAUCGGAGAUUGGCUCCGGUCCGGUGGGUCCAAAUCACAUUCCCAGCCUCUCUGGGCCACCUUCCGGGCAUCACCAUCAUCACUGGGGUUAUCCACCGCCACCCCACCCAUCUUAUCAGCCGCAACAUUCCGACGUAUCGCGGCAUCAUCACGACCCCCGUCCGCCUCAUGACCUUAGGCAUCCGACCACGGCUACCGCCGAUCUCAGACCUCAAGAGAUCAGACACGAGAUGCACAGGCCCGAUCUGAGGCAUCAGUCAGCGGCGGAGAUGCAGCGGCACCAAGCAUCGGAGUUGCACAGGCCAGAAAUGGCGAGGCAUCAUCAGGAUUUGACGGGGAUGAGGCCGGACAUGGGCACGGAAAUUAGAUCUAGUCACGAGUUUCCGGAUCUCAAGAUCGACGUCGCGGAUAUUAGGAAUCAGGAGAGCGGACAACAGCAGCAGCAGCAGCAACAACAGCAACAAGCGUCGCAACAGGGUCAAACUCAUCAACAGAGAAGUCUGAAAAGAACUAUGAGCGAUUCCGAUUGCGACGACGUGUUCUCCGAGGAGAGCGGCAAAGAGCCUUGCAAUUCACCGGGAGGCGAUUCUUGUCAGCACGCGUCGCGAAAGCGAAGAAGAGGAAUGAUCGAAAAGAAACGUCGUGAUAGAAUAAACGCGUCUCUCGGUGAACUUCGUAGAUUAGUACCGGCAGCGGCUAGAGAUCCCCAUAGCGGGAAAUUGGAGAAGGCAGAGAUUUUGCAGCUCACCGUCGAACAUUUACGAACCCUUCGAAACAAAGGCCCCGAAGGAUACGACAGCACGAAAUUGGCGAUGGAUUAUCACGCGGUCGGUUGGGGCGAAUGCGCGGCCGAGGUUGGCCGCUACUUGGUCACCAUGGAGGGCCUCGACGAGAGAGAUCCACUGAGGCUACGAUUGCUCUCCCACCUUCAAAGCUUUCACCGCGAGCAUCAUCCACCGUCCACGGCCGUUCCUCCUCCAGUGACCAGCUUGAGCUCGACCUCGACGAGCACCAACUACGAGACGGCGAGCACAGUUUCCGCUGGAAUGCCACCUGGGACAGGGACGAUGCCACCCAUUCUGGGUGGAAGCGCUCUCGGAUGGGGCCAGUAUCCAGGACAGUAUCCUCAACAGCAACACGGAAAACCUUACAGACCGUGGGGCGCCGAAUUGGCCUAUUAAGUUUUAUGCAUUCUUCCAUUCUUCUUCCACGAAUAUUUUUUUCAAUUCGCGAAAAUUUCCUUCAUGGAUUCAAUAUUAAAUUUCCAACGAAACCAAUUUGUGUCAGUCAUCGGGAAAUGCUAUUCUUCGAAUUUUUUCAACGACGAGAAAAUUUAUCGUGAGAUUUAUUUUACGAUAUAUAUGAUACAAGGAGGUACGAUACAAGAAUAGUGAAUUUAAAAAUUAUUUAUUAUUCGACUCGAUUCGUCGAAUUUUUCGAACGAUUAUUUUGUACAAUGUGUAUAUAUAUACAUAUGAAUUAUUGUAAAUAGUAGAAAGUGAUCAAGCACGUAUUUUUUCCAUAUUUCUAUUUUUUAUUCCUUUUCUUUUUGUAUUUUUAUAUUAUUGUAGUGGACGCAAUUUGAUCGUUUGAACGAUAAAAAUCGAACGAUCGUUCGAAUGAUCGAACGCGUGGAAAAGUGCCAUUAAACGUAUCAUUGCGUACGUUCUCUCUCUCUCUCUUUCUCUCUCUCUCUAUAUAAUGUAUGUAUAUAUGUGUGAAAAAAAGCGCUCAAAUAUUUUUGCAAUAACAUUUUGUAAUAAAAUAGAAAUUAUGAGAAAUGAAA